AUGGCCGCCGACCUCCGGUGCUACUGGCAAGACGAUGGCGCCGCGUGCGUCAAGGCCGACUGGCCCGCGUGCGGCUACAAUUGGCUCGUCAACGGCCCCGUCGGUCUCAUUUGGGGUCUCUGGUUCUUUCUCGGGCUCUACAUGCUCCAGCGCGAUGGCUCGAUACGAAAUCUGUGCCGCUUUCAUACCGCGCGCAUCCACGACCCGCUCGCACAAGGUAUCGCGAUUGCCCUCGCCCAGCGCAAGUACGGCUCCAACCAGACGCCGCGGCUCCUCCGCUACGUCAAACUCUGCGCCAUGUGGGCCGAGUGGCCGGCGUUCACAACGACGCCGCUCACCUUGGCUUACAACGUGGCCGGCACGCAGGGCUACAGCCAAGAAAUCUUUGUGGCCUACUCGAUGCUCAUCGAGGCGGUGAUGAUUGCGCUGUCGCUUCUCUGUGGCGCCAUUGUGCUAAGCGUGCGACUGGGCAUGAAGCCAUCGCCACAGCGUGACGCACUGCUGCGGCGAUACGUCUACCCUAUCACGUUUGACGCGCUUUACAUUCCACUGAUCACGACAUACGUGCGUCUCGGCACGUGUCCCGCAGGGCUCAACCAUAUUCCGCUGCCGGGCGGUGCGACCUGCGCGUGUUUGAAUCGCUACGGCAUCUACUGGGCCGUGGGCCUUCUCGGCUUUGUCGUCUUGUACGCGAGCUCGCUCUACUACAAAAUGUUCAUUGAACCCAUGGGCACAACCAUGGACUUUCGAUUCGAAACGAGCUUUCAAAUCAUUAUGGUCAUGGCCCGCACACUCAGCCCCAUUUACUCGGUGCUCGUUAUUGGGCUCCAGCUUGAGGGACAGAAAACGGCCGCGAUUCCCGCCGCGCUGGGCUUUCUCGUCUGCGUGUCGUUCCUCCUCCAUUACACCUACCGGAUGCAGCCGUGCAUUGGGAGCGGCCGCCUGCCCAACAACAUUCGCGUGCUGUCGUUUUCGAGCUCACUCUACACGACGCUGUGUGUUUUGGUGUACCUUCUCACGCCGCUGCCACUCAACGGACUCUACGCUGCGCUGCUGUCGCUGCCGCUCAUUUGGCUCUUUGCGUGGCGCGUCAACGACAAGCGCGCGCGGCGCUUCUACAUCCCCGACCUCUCGAUUCUGGAUUUACUCCAGGAACGAUCGCCACAGGCCAAAAUGGUCGGGACCAUUGCGGCCUUGUAUAUGGAUGCGGCCAAGGUCCGGCACGUGGACCACGAAGCCAUUGUGUUUCACUUGCACAGUAUCGCCAAGCACUCGAUGCUCGGCGUGCCGCUCUGUCGCAUCUAUGCGAUUCGAACGCUCUGGUUUUGCUACAUUCGGAACUUUCGAAAAGCAAAAUGUGCGAUUGGCGAACCCAACGACGCGCUCGUGAUCCCGUGCACGCUCUUUUACAAAGACCGCGAGAACCCAGACCGACCAAAACGCGCACCCAAGACGGCGCUCACCACGGCCCUCCAGCGCGUCAAGCUGACGCGCAUCGAGUCCGUCAUCGACGUGCUCGACGUCGAUGUGCUCUCGACCCGGCAUCGCUUCGAGAAGGCGGGGACGCGCGCAGCGGAUAUUUUCAAAUCCAAGUUGCGCCGCCCGAUGACGCGUUUGGCCAAGGUGGCGAUCGCAACGAUCGACCACAACCUCGUGUGCGCUCGCGAGCGGUCGCUGGCCAAGCAAACGUACUUUAUGAUCCUCCUCCGGGGCAAGCACUGGAUCUGCAAGAACGAAGCGCCCGAAGCCGCGAUGGUGCACCACGAGAUGCUGCACCACCUAGCGCUCGAAGUGCUCUCGCAGAGCUGUGCGAUGGACGACCGGGAGGCCAUGCACGAAAUCGGUCUGUUUUUGCUCCAGUGGUACAAAACCCAGUACCUUCGGCUCAACAAGACCGUCUACCUCCACAUCCUCUCGACGCUGUGUGCGUCAGCGAACCGCAAGCUCGCCCUCGACGUGACGUGUACGCUGCACAAGCUCUGCACCGAGGGCUUCUUCUCGCCCGAGCUUUGGCUCCAGCACACGUCGUUUCUCAAUAAUUUUGUACUGAGCCUCGGACAGAGCAGCAAAGAGACCGUCUAUCAGUGCGCGUCGGUCCUCGCAUCGAUCCUCGAGUGUGCGGAAGCGGACCCAAAGACGAAUUUGUAUGUGCUCUUGACGCCCGAGUCGAUCGGCAAGAUCCAAACGGCCUUCCAUACGUGGUGCGAAUCAUACAACCUCAGCGUCGCGCUCGAGCGCUGCUGCUUGAGCCUCCACCGAAUCGAAGACGACCAGCGGCGCAAGCUGUGGCACAACCGGCGGUCGAUUGAUGUUACGUCCCACUCAAAAGAGCUUCAAGCGUCGUUUAUCAAGCUCGACAAGGAAGGUGCACAUUUUGAUCGGGCGCAAUGGCUCAACAUGUCAAUGAUCGUGCCCCGGACGCUCAGCGCAUCGAGCUCACUAACCCAAGAUACGUCUCGGAAGGCGUCGCGCAAGGCAGCCAUUGUCUUUGUCAACGAUACAGGCCCGCGACCAAGCGUUAUGGCUCAGUUUCUGGGUCCAUGCAUGACGACGACCCUCGAGGGAACGCCCGAAGGAGCGACAGGCGUCGUCGCGCCAGUUGUGGACGACGAUGCACUACGCAAGGUGAGCUAUGUGCCGGCCAAUCGCAAGACGAGCAAAGUGUCGACGCUGGACCGUAUUCGUCGGCUCUCGAUGGACUUGCUCCAGCCGACCUCGCCACACACCCCCGCGACCAAGACGAACGAAUAUGUGUUUGUGACGUCGGCGAUUUUGUCGGAAAUUGCGCGCCGGCGUCAGCUCCGAAGCCACUUUGAGUCCGAGUUGCAAAAGACCUACUACCUCUUUGAAGAGAUGCUCAUGGAGCCGCUUGUGAACGGCGUCGAGUGGCUCAAGGACGCGCCAAACGUGUCACGGCGACGAUCGUCGACAGGUCGGAAGUCGACCAACCACGGCGUCCUUGGCGCGUUCAACGCGCUCAUGAAGAUUUACACGACGGCCGAAGAGUGUGCGCUGCACGACUACAUCUACACUGUGCUCGACAAGGACCUCGUGUCGUUUUUUGAAAAGCACGUCAAGCCGUACGUCGCGUGCUGCGAAGCCGAGUCAUACAAAAGCAUCUGGGCACGAUGGUGGCGUCGCACUUGACCGCGUUGGCGCAUCGAAUUGACCACUUUGAAUGAAUCCCG